AUCGCUCUCUAUGCCCUGUGCCCUCCAUCCCUCGGAGAUCAGACAGACGCUGACAGGGGAUAUCCGAGGAGCUUUGAGCGAGGAUGGGGACACAGAUCUGCUGUUGAUGAAGGAAGUCUGAUGUAGAUGGUGAGCCAGAGGAGAGCCCAGGGAGCAGCACCAGCAGCAGUGGGGCUGUAGAUGCCCUCUCCACAGCUCCAUCCCCAGCCCCCCCCCAGGCCUCUGCCGGAGAGCCAGGACAGAGAGGAGACAGCUCUUGCUCUGACUCCGACAGUCCUGUAGAUACCAGCUCCUGCGAGGAGGAGGAGGAGGAGGAGGAAGAGGAGGAGGAGGAGGAGGAAGACGCAACUAUGUUUUCCUCUAAAUUCCUUAGCGGGGCCAACCCCCUCAAUGCUGUGUCCUCUGCUGUGAAUAAGUUUGGUUUAUUUGGAGAUGAUGGGGAGGGGGACAAGAAUAAGAAAGCCCCUUCCCAGCAGGGGACACCAUCUGGAGGACAGCAGCCAGGAGUAGGUCCUGACAAAGGCCCUCAACAACCGCAUGGACCCCAAAAAUCAGGCCAGGGCCCACCUAUGCAAAAGGGCCAGCCUCUUCCUAAACAAGGAUCACCACAGCUGCAUGGGAAUGGACAGGCUGGUUCCCCAAACAAGCCCAGUGGGCAACAAGCUGCUCCAAAGGAAGGGACACAGCCUGAAGACCAGCUUAAAGGACAGCCACAAAAAAAUCAACCUAAGGACCCACCACAGCAAGGUUCACCUAAGCCUGGAGCUCAACAACAUAUUGUGACUAAGAGUGGAGCUCAACCAGGAUCUCCAAAGGCAUCAACACAACAGGUUCCACCUAAGACAGGGAUGCAACAAGGGCCUGCUAAGACUGGUGCACAGCAACAACAACCUGCAAAGACUGGGAUGCAAGAGUCCACAAAGGUUGGGUCACAAAAAACUGGCUCACAGCAAGGGUCACCGAAAGUAGGACAAAAACAGGGCUCACCUAAACUUUCACAGCAAGAUGGUUACCCUAAAGUGGCACAGCAACAACAGGGCUCAUCUAAGGCGGGACAACAACAGCAAGGCUUCAGGACUACACCCCAGCAGCAGUCCUCUGAUAAACCUGGGCCUCAGCAACAAGGCCCUAAGGGACCUGGUACACCUGGCAUGUCCCGGGCAGCGUCUUCAUCACCGGGACCAACCAAAGUCGGAUCUCAGUCAAAAGCAUUAGCUAAGUCCCUUUGCCCAGUGUGUAAGACAACAGAGCUUAAUAUGCACACAAAGGAACCACCUAAUCAUAAAACCUGUACACAGUGUAAAACUGAAGUGUGCAGCAUGUGUGGCUUCAGCCCUCCAGACUCUGAUGGACGUGAGUGGCUCUGUCUUACCUGUCAGAUACAGAGAGCUCAAGGAGCUUCUGAACCACCAGGACCUUCCAUGAAAAAGCCAACACCCAACAAAGUUUCUGCUGCUCAAAACCAGACACUAUCUCCUGCUGCACCCGUCAAAAAAGAGAUGUUAUCACCAGGUUCACCUCAGAAAUUGCAGUCUACAUCAGAAAAAGUGCCAUCCAAGGGUGAAGCUGCCAAAGUACCAGAAAGUCAAAAACAGGCCAGCCCAGCUUCUGUUAAGAAAAUGACUCCUGAGACCCAGAGAACAUCAGGGUCUCAAAAACCAGACCAGACUAGUCAAACUGGACGCAAGCAAAGCAGUGCCCAGCAGGAGUCAGGAGGUUUAUUUGGCUUUGGCGGUUCUAAAACUGAAGCUGCAAAGCCUGGAGGGAUGUUUGGGUUUGGUUCCUCCAUUUUUAGUUCUGCAUCUACCUUGAUAGCCUCAGCUGUUCAGGAUGAACCUAAAAUCACACCACCAGUUUCUCCCAAGAUGCAGUCUACAAAGGAGACCAAACCAGCUACUGUCCAAAAGUCAGUGCAAGACAAGAAACAAGAGCAACCCCAGCAAGCAAAGGCUCAUCCAGUACAGGUCACAGUGGAAAAAGCUUCACCAGAGACUGAAAAGGCAGAAACAGCAGCUGCCUCCCACAAUGUUCCUAAAGGAGGUCAAUCCACUUGUCCACUCUGUAAGGUGGUGCUCAAUAUGGGCUCGAAGGAUCCUCCCAACUACAAUACCUGCACUGGAUGCAAAAGCACUGUCUGCAACCAAUGUGGAUUUAUCCCAAUGCCAAAUGUCAGUAAGGGAAAGGAGUGGCUUUGUCUAAACUGCCAGGUGAAACGAGCUGCUGGCGAAAUUGAACCCCAAAAAGACACAUCUUUGGUCAAUUCCUCAUUUAAAAAAACUACUCCAGCACAGCCUGCACUACAAAAGACUUCUGCACCAGGCUCUCCUCAGAGAAAACUAUCCACACCCACAGCACAACCAGCCAAGGCUGAAACUGCUAAAGGACCAGACAGUUUAAAACAGGUCAGCCCAGCUCCUAGUCAGAAAACACCUCAGGACAGCCAGAAGACAGGUCCUCAGAUACAACCAGACCAGACAAGCCAAGGUGCACAUAAGCAGGGAAAUGCUACUGCAGCUACACAGCAAGAGUCAGGAGGGUUCUUUGGUUUUGGUGGUCCUAAAAGUCAGCCCGACGCUGCAAAGCCAGCAGUGACUGGGAAGAUGUUUGGUUUUGGUUCCUCCAUCUUUAGUUCUGCAUCUACUUUGAUAACCUCAGCUGUUCAAGAUGAGCCCAAAUCUACACCGCCACUUUCUCCCAAAAUGCCUCCUCCAAAGGACUCUAAUUCCCCAACUGUCAAGAAACCAGAACAGGAGAAGAAACCAGAACAAACCCAGCAGGCCAAGGGUCCUCCAUCAGUACAGCAGAAAGCGGACAAAGAGCCGCCAAAGAAAGCAUCUGCUUCCCCAGUUGUUUCCAAAGCAGGCCAGUCUACCUGUCCUCUCUGUAAACUGGAACUCAAUGUGGGCUCUAAAGAUCCUCCCAACUACAACACCUGUACAGAGUGCAAAAACACUGUCUGCAACCAAUGUGGAUUUAAUCCCAUAUCAAAUGUUAAAGAGGUGAAGGAGUGGUUAUGUCUCAACUGCCAGAUGCAGAGAGCACUAGGAGCAUCUGAGCCUCCAGGAACUCCAAUGAUAAAACUACAGGCAUCACCAAAUAAAGUCCCUGUACCUGCCAGUGCCCAAAAUAAGGAAACUCCCUCACUAGAUAAACCUCAAAAGAAAGACAUUCAAACACCAGCAGAAUCUAAAAUAAAGGAGACAUCUGCACCAGGUUCCAAACCACCAACACCAGCAGAGCAGCCAGCAAAGCAGCCAGCAAAAGCUGAAGUCUUGAAAGGACCAGAACGUCAGAAACAGGUCACCCCAGCUCCUGGUCAUAAAACUCCACAGGAGGGCCAAAAGACAGGUCCUCAGAAACCUCAAGACCAGACAAGUCAAACUGGACGUAGGCAGAGUAAUACUACCUCAACUACACAAGAGGAAUCUGGCGGUUUCUUUGGAUUUGGUGGUUCUAAACCUCAACCUGAUGCUGCAAACCCUGCUGAAUCACUGGGUGGAAAAAUGUUUGGCUUUGGUUCAUCCCUCUUCAGUUCUGCAUCCACUUUGAUAAAUACACCUGUCCAAGACGAUUCUAAAACAACACCACCGGUUUCUCCCAAGAUGUCUGCAGUGAAGGCAACCAAAUCACCUCUUGCUCAGAAACAAGAGCAAGAGAAGAAGCUUGAGUCCAAGACCUCUCCAUCACCACAAGUCAGACAGACAGAGCCUAGAAAGGAUGGAGCUGCUUCCCCAGCUGUUCGCACAGCAGGCCAAUCUACCUGUCCACUCUGUAAGGUGGAACUCAACUUUGGCUCCAAGGAACCUCCCAACUAUAACAACUGCACUGGAUGCAAAAACACUGUCUGUAACCAAUGUGGAUUUAAUCCAAUGCCAAAUGUAUCAGAGGUAAAUGAAUGGUUAUGCCUGAACUGCCAGAUGCAGAGAGCUCUUAGUGCAUCUGAACUCACAGGACCUCAAAAGAUGGAGUUAUUGAAAUCGGAUGCACCUUCAAUGAUGGAGACUCGAGUGCCUGAUACUUUUCAAAAGAAGGGGAGUCCCACACUAGGUUCUCCUCAGAAGACACAGGCUGCAGCAGUAACAAAAGCAACUAAGGCUGCUAAAGAACCAGAACCUCACACACAGGCAAGCCCAACUCCUGGUCAGAAAACUCCUCUCGAUAUCCGGGGGGCAUCAGGUUCUCAGAAACCAACCUACCAGGCAAGUCAACCUGAACUAAAACAGAGUAAGGUCACCCCAGAUACAAAACAGGAAUCACAACACCUAUUUGGCUUGAGUGGUCCUAAAACAGGGCCUGAUGUUUUGAAAACAACAGAGUCUGUGACUGGGAAGAUGUUUGGCUUUGGUUCCUCCAUUUUCAGCUCAGCAUCAACUUUGAUAUCAUCUGCUCAGGACGAAUCACGUACUACUCCACCAGGCUCUCGUAAGAUGUCUUCACCAGCACAAGUCUCUCCCAAGAUGUCUGCUGUGCCCAAGACUUCUCCAAAAAGUACACCAACAGUUUCUCCGAAAAUGUCGCCAGCAAGAGAUCCCAAAAUUCUUGUUCAGAAACCAGAGCAGGAGAAGAAGCCAGAACAAUCCCACCAAAGCAAAGAGGACAAAGCUCCUUUACAGCUUCCAAAAGCUGCAACAAUCUCCCAAAUAUCUUCUAAUGCAAGCCAGGCCACCUGCCCACUGUGUAAGGCUGAGCUUAACAUCGGCUCCAAGGACCUUCCAAACUACAACAACUGCACUGAGUGCAAUGCAACUGUCUGUAUGCAAUGUGGAUUUAACCCAAUGCCUAUAGGAGAGGUAAAAGAGUGGCUAUGUCUUAACUGUCAGAUGAAAAGAGCAGUUGGAGCAUCUGGGCCUCCAGGACCACCCACAUUGAAGUCCCAAACAUCACCCAGUGAAGUUCCUUCACCUGCUGCAGUCCAGUUGAAGGAUUCUUCCAAACCAACUACACCUCAAAUGAAGGACAGUCCAGGCCCUACUGUACAAAAGGAGACCUCAGAACCAGUAUCACAACAGAGAAAACAGUCUACACCAUCAGUGCAGUCAGGCAAAUCUGAAGCUCCUAGUGCACCAUUAAAACAGGCCAGCCCAGCACCUGAUCAUAAACCACCACAGGAAAGACAGAAGACAGGUCCACAGAAGCCUCCAGAUCAAGCUAGCCAACCUGAUGCUGCAAAGCCUGCAAAGCCAGUAACAAAUAGGCAAACAGAACGUAAGCUGAGUAAUGCCACGGCAGCAACACAGCAACAGUCAGGAGGCUUCCUUGGUAUCGGUGGUGGUAAAACUCAACCCAAUGUUGCAAAGCCAGCAGAGUCAGCGACAGGAAAAAUGUUUGGCUUUGGCUCAUCCAUCUUCAGUUCUGCAUCUACUUUGAUAACCUCAGCUGUUCAAGACCAGCCCAAAACUACUCCACCAGUUUCACCCAAGAUGUCUCCUGCAAAAGUAAUCCAGUCCCCUAGUGCCCAAAAGCUGGAGCAGCAGAAGAAAACAGAGCCAUCCCAGCAAACGAAGACACCAUCAGGACAGGCCAAAUUGGACAAAGCCCCAUCAGAGCCUCCAAAGACUGCAGCAGCCUCCCUAGUAGCUGUCAAACCAGGCCAGUCUACCUGUCCACUCUGUAAGGUGGAACUUAAUGUGGGUUCCAAGGAUCCACCCAACUACAAUACCUGCUCUGAAUGCAAGAACACUGUCUGUAAUCAGUGUGGAUUUAACCCUAUGCCAAAUGAAACAGUGGUGAAGGAGUGGCUGUGUCUCACCUGCCAGAUGCAGCGGGCUCUAGGAGCAACACAGCCCCAAGGAGUUGCUUCUGUCCACUCUCAGAUACCUGCAAAACCACAAAAUAAAGACAUCAUCAGCUCAGCUGAACCUGAAAAGAAAGACUCGCCUCAGAGGAAACCGUCUGUAACAGCACAGCCAGCUACAGCCGAAGCUGCUAAGAAGCCAGAGGGUCAGAAACAACCCAGCCCAGUUCCUUCUCAGAAGAGGCCGCAGGAGCCCCAGAAAACACCAGGUCCUAAUAAAUCACCAGACCAGAUAAGGCAAACUGAACGUAAGCAGAGUAAUGCGACAGCAGCAACACAGCGAGAGUCAGGAGGCUUCUUUGGUUUUGGUGGUGGUAAAACUCAGCCCGAUGCUGCAAAGCCAGCAGAAGCAGUGACUGGGAAAAUGUUUGGCUUUGGCUCUUCCAUCUUCAGUUCUGCAUCUACUUUGAUAACCUCAGCUGUUCAAGACCAGCCCAAAACUACUCCACCAGUUUCACCCAAGAUGUCUCCUGCAAAAGUAAUCCAGUCCCCGAGUGCCCAGAAGCUGGAGCAGCAGAAGAAAACAGAGCCAUCCCAGCAAACGAAGACACCAUCAGGACAGGCCAAAUUGGACAAAGCCCCAUCAGAGCCUCCAAAGGCUGCAGCAGCCUCCCUAGUAGCUGUCAAACCAGGCCAGUCUACCUGUCCACUCUGUAAGGUGGAACUUAAUGUGGGUUCCAAGGAUCCACCCAACUACAAUACCUGCUCUGAAUGCAAGAACACUGUCUGUAAUCAGUGUGGAUUUAACCCUAUGCCAAAUGAAACAACGGUGAAGGAGUGGCUGUGUCUCACCUGCCAGAUGCAGCGGGCUCUAGGAGCAACACAGCCCCAAGGAGUUGCUUCUGUCCACUCUCAGAUACCUGCAAAACCACAAAAUAAAGACAUCAUCAGCUCAGCUGAACCUGAAAAGAAAGACUCGCCUCAGAGGAAACCGUCUGUAACAGCACAGCCAGCUACAGCCGAAGCUGCUAAGAAGCCAGAGGGUCAGAAACAACCCAGCCCAGUUCCUUCUCAGAAGAGGCCGCAGGAGCCCCAGAAAACACCAGGUCCUAAUAAAUCACCAGACCAGAUAAGGCAAACUGAACGUAAGCAGAGUAAUGCGACAGCAGCAACACAGCGAGAGUCAGGAGGCUUCUUUGGUUUUGGUGGUGGUAAAACUCAGCCCGAUGCUGCAAAGCCAGCAGAAGCAGUGACUGGGAAAAUGUUUGGUUUUGGUUCUUCCAUUUUCAGUUCUGCGUCCACUUUGAUAACUUCAGCCGUUCAGGACCAACCCAAGACCACUCCACCAGUUUCUCCCAAGAUGUCUCCAGCAAAAGAGAUCAAAUCCCCUGCUUCUCAACAGACGAAGCCAGAACAGCCCCAGCAGACUAAGACACCUCCAUUGGUCCAACCUAAAGUGGACAAAGCUCCAUCUGAGCCUCACAAGGCUGCAGAGGCCUCCCAAGUCACUGUCAAACCAGGCCAGUCUACCUGUCCACUCUGUAAGGUGGACCUCAACAUGGGGUCCAAGGAUCCACCUAACUACAAUACCUGCACCGAGUGCAAGAACACUGUCUGUAACCAGUGUGGAUUUAACCCUAUGCCAAAUGUGUCAGAGAUGAAGGAGUGGUUGUGUCUGACUUGUCAGAUGCAAAGAGCUCUCACAGCAGCCGAAUCAGUAGUGCCUCCACUGAAGAAACCCCAGGCAUCACCCAACAAAGUGCCCCCACCUGUUUUUGCUCCAAAAGACGCCACUGCCAAUCAAAGGAAAGACAUUAUUUCCCCACAAAAAGCUGAAGUGCCAGACAAAAAACAGAAUGACAGUCCAAUACCAGGUGCACCACAAAUGAAAGAAGAAUUUAAACCCUCAUUUCAAUUGGACAUUACCCAAACAUCAACCACUGCCUCAACACCUGCAAAAGAGGUUUCAACCUCCACUGCACCUCCCAUCAAAGAGACAACAGCAGUAGUUUCAGCCCUCAAUAAACCACUGCCAGUUCAAGCUCAUCCUGUCAACACAGAUGUUGAAACUUCUCUCCAGAAGAAAAAGGAUAACACUCCACCAAGUUCUCCUGCACCUAAAGAAAUAUCAGAAAAGAAAGAGGAGAAAGCUAAAAUUGUUCAGAAAUCUGCUGAUCAACCACUCACAUCCUCUGAUGAAGUACAGCCCCCAAAAGCCCUAGAGAAAGAAUCAAACUCUGUUGAAACAUCACUUGCCAAAUCUGCUCCUCCAGCAGAACAGCCAACAAAUCAAGAAUCAGGAGGUUUCUUCAGCUUUGGUAGUCCUAAAUCUCAGCGUGCUGCCUCAAAAACAACUGAAGCUGUGACUGGGAAGAUGUUAGGAUUUGGUUCAUCUCUCUUCAGCUCAGCAUCCACCAUGAUAACAUCUGCAGUCAAGGAAGAGUCCCGCACAACACCACCCAGUUCCCGCAAAAUGUCUGCCCCAGCUCAAGUCUCUGGCAAGAUAUCAUCAUCGCAGAUUUCUCCAAAGAGUAGCCCCCCAGUUUCUUCAAAGAUGACUUCAGCAAAGGAGGUCAAACCGCCUUCUGCUCAGAAACCACAUUCGGAAAAGAUAACAGACCAACCUCAGCAGGCCAAGGCUCCUCCAUUAGAACAGGCCAAAGUGGAGCCAUCAGAUUCUGCGAAACCAGAAGCCUCUCAAGCUGCUCCCAAAGUUGGCCGGUCUACUUGUCCACUCUGUAAGGCAGAACUUAACAUGGGCUCUGAAGAUCUUCCCAACUACAACACCUGCUCUGAAUGCAAAUCCACCGUCUGCAGCAAAUGUGGAUUUAGUCCUAUGUCAAAUGUAACAGAGGGGAAGGAAUGGCUUUGUCUCAACUGCCAGAUGCAGAGAGCACUUGGAGCUUCUGAACCUCUAGGCCUUCCCAUGAUAAAACCCCAACCUUCACCAAGCAAAGAGGUCCCUGCCACCACACAGAAGAACGAGACCCCAAUGUCAACUUCGCAGGAGGACAUCCAUAAACCAGCCACACUCAAAAUUGAGCUUGUUGCAACAAUCAAAGAAACUGAAUCCCCAGCGCUUAGUGGACAAACAAAGAAAGAUACCCCUGCAGAUGCUUCAUUGCCUGACAAAACUGUUCCAUCCACUACCACAAAGACUGAUGUUUCACUGGCUUCACAAAAGCCUUCUGGAGAGACACCCAAAGGACAACGUAAUAUACCCCCACAGCAGUCUGCAAAAGCUAUGACUUCUACUGCUAUAUCUGCUCCUUCAACAGGUCCAGAGGCAGUAAAGCCACCCCCAGAACAGCCUCCAGAUGCUGGUACUUCUAUUGCUAUAUCUGCUCCUCCAACAGGUCCAGAGGCAAUAAAGCCACCCCCACAACAGCCUCCAGACGCCGUUACUUCUACUGCUAUAUCUGCUCCUCCAACAGGUCCAGAGGCAAUAAAGCCACCCCCACAACAGCCUCCAGACGCUGUUACUUCUACUGCUAUAUCUGCUCCUCCAACAGGUCCAGAGGCAAUAAAGCCACCCCCACGACAGCCUCCAGACGCUGGUACUUCUACUGCUAUGUCUGCUCCUCCAACAGGUCCAGAGGCAGGAAAGACACCCAUACAACAGCAUCCAAAACCUGUGACUUCUACUGUUAUAUCUGCUCCUCCAUCAGGUCCAGAGGCAGGAAAGACACCCAUACAACAGCAUCCAAAACCUCAAAGCCUGCUGAGUCAGUGA